UCGAGAUCCGAACCGGAACCAGAGCAUGGGAUAUCUUCGUUCAAAUUAAAAGGAUGAAAAUAGACCCUAACUGCACGUGUAUUACUGGAUUCUAACACAUUUUUUGGUACUUAGAAGAGCAAUAGAACCAACUCACGUUGAAUUAGUGAUGGACAACCAGUCUCUUAAAGAGGUUUUGUCAAGAGAUAAAGAAUCACUAAUGAAAACAUUGACAAGAUUUGAUGGACAAAUGACAGUUGAAGAUGUUGCUGGAAUUGAAACAACUCAUGCAAGUCACUAUCAUACUUUUUUUUUACAAGUGUUACUUGAGCAAGUUUGCAGCGUUGUAGAACCUGACAAGGAAAGGAGAUCUAUUUUAUUUAAAAGAGUUGUGGAUCUUCUUUCUGAAUCAAAGUUCUUGAACCGAUCUUUAGUUUUGGAUAAUUUAAUGCCUUUACGAAGAAAGGCAGCCGAACAUUUUUUUCAUUUUGUUAAGCAAGUUCAGUCAGAUGUUAUCCCAAAUUCUUCUGGAACUAAUGCUUCGCUUGAUUCAAUUCUUAGAGAAGAAGAAUUUUCACCUCAGCUACAGCUGAAAAACAAAUAUGAUCAAGAUUUUGAAGAGCUAGAAACAAUUGCAAAAGGAGGCUUUGGUGUUGUGUGCAAGGUAAAGCAUAAACUUGAUGGUGCAACUUAUGCAAUUAAGAAAAUAGUAUUCCGAUACAAAAGUGACUCCCGAUUCUUAAAGGUGAUUCGGGAAGCUAAAAGUAUUGCAGCACUUAAUCACAUCAAUAUUGUGAGCUAUAACAACGCAUGGAUCGAAUGUUUGCAACCAUCAGAUACAAUUCCUGAGUUUGAAACUAACUCUAAAAGCUCUGAUGAGUUUAGUUCUGAUGAAGAAAAUUCUAAGUCUAACCAUCCACUUAGUCAAACUUUAUCACCUUUAAAAAAUAGGCAUUUGAAAAAAAUAUUAGGAAAAUUUUCUGAUGCUGAAUCAUCGUUUAACUCCAGAAACAGUGAAGAAUUCGUGUGUUUUACUACCAGUAACCACGAAAACUCUAAAGAAAUGUUAGACACUAGUGAAUUUCAAUUAUUAAAAAAUCAAAGUGACUCUUCAUCUGAUGAUGAAAGUAAGGAAAAUUUUGAAAACUACUUGGACUCCUAUUCAAGAAGUUCAAAUGUAUUCGACUUGAAAUCCCUAAAACAAUGUUUAACCAGGUCUUCCAACCAUCAUUGGAAUCUUAAUAGUUUGAAUGUCAAAGUUAUGCUGUGCAUUCAAAUGGAAUAUUGUGACUGUGAUCUCUAUCAGUGGCUUCAAUCUAGAGCCAGAGGAGAAGAUUUACCUUUCCAAAAAGAUGUUAUGCUUAUUUUCAAAGAUAUUUUGCAGGGUGUUGCCCAUAUACAUUCUAAAAAUAUUAUCCAUCGGGAUUUGAAGCCACAUAAUAUAUUUUACUCCAAAAAAUAUAAUGUCAUGAAAAUUGGAGAUUUUGGGUUAGCCACGCUUGCAGACUGCUCAUCUCAAGAUGAAAAUGGGCAAGUUUCAACUUCUUUUAGCUCCAAUCUUGGAACACUUCCUUAUGCUGCUCCAGAGCAAAGAGAUCCGAAAAGUACUUAUGAUUCAAAGGUGGAUAUAUACAGCUUGGGAAUAAUAUUAAUUGAGCUGCUAAAUGAAUUUCCGACUCAAAUGGAAUUCAGUAAAGCAAUUGAUGGUAUACUAAAAGGGAAUUUUCCUGAAGUAAUGAUUAAAAAUUAUCCAAAUCAUAUUGAAUUAGUUGAGAAUCUUGUACAGAAGAAUCCCUCUCAAAGAAUGACAGCAAGAGAAAUUCUUAAUCAUUCAUUGCUUGAAGACAAUCUAGAGAAAAUUGAAAGACAAUGGGCAACCAAAGUAGUUGAAUUGAAGAAAUUAUUGUUUGAAAAGGAACAAGAAAUAGAAAAACUGAAGAAAAUCAUUGAAAAAAAAGAUGAAUUAAUAUCCAUGCAUAACCAAAAUUUAUAACAGUUUAAUA